AUGGCGCGCGUGACGCUCCCCGUCGUCUUGCCUAGUGUCGUGGAUGAACUUGAAGUCUUUAACCUUCCUAAUCCAGCUUCAGGCAAGCGCCAGUUUUACGGUCAAGAUAAAAGCAGCAAGCGCCUUUACGAACUGAUCCAAGUCGACAAUGGCACCCCACGCUCCUGGCUGUUUGAGAAGCGUGUUCAAUCAGGUGCCAUGACCACCUUUUGCCCUGACGAUGACUGUCUGCGUCCGAGGGCUCGGCAAGUGCUCACGCGGCCGGAUGAACAAUUCACCACAGCUGACAACAUCUUCCACGACCCUGAAAACCCGGCGGUGACGCGCCUUGAGCAUGUGCCUCAACUGGAUGCCAUGCUGAGUUUGGUGUGUGAUGCCAAGGGGGACGAUGAUUUCCGUGUUUAUCGCAUUAAUGAUGCCAAAUUGCUGCAGUGGCUAAUCGCCAAGCUGGAUACAAUGGCCGAUGGCAUCGCUGCCAACGAGGUAUGUCUGCUGAACUGGCUCAAGCGCACGAGUCUGGAGGGCCUGUUCAACACCGUUCCCUGCCCAUCAAAGGUUUCUCAUGAACUCGAUCGGGCUGGCUCACAGAUCACACCUUCAGGCGUGGCCAGCGCCUCCUUCAAGGCGAUAAGCACCCCAAGCAAUGUCACUGCCCGCCAACGCUACAGCUAUGCUGCCGGUAUUGCGUUAUUGACCAUACACGACCAGGCCUCUGGAAGUCGAUCACCGUUCAUAUCGAUGCAUCUUGGAAACACUUCACCCUAG